ACACUUUUGGAUAAAAAUUCCAAGCUGAGGGAUUAUUUAUAGCUUAUCUAAAUCGCCAUGCAGAGAUUACUUUUUAGAACUGCAAUUAGACAAACUACCCGAGUUAUACAACCCGCAGCAGUAUCGAAUCGCUUACGGGUGACUGCCCUGACCCCGUGCUUAAAUAUCGCGUCCUCAUUACAACGACCCAACCUUUAUUCUCAACGUCUUUAUUCAUCUAAACCCGCAGUAAUGAUUGAACAAACUCCAUUUGUUAACUGGAAACUCUUUCCUGAUUUUGAAAGCAUCUUAAAGUACACCAAACCUUCCGAAGCUGUCCCAAUUUUCGAAGCUCUUAUUGAUGCCACAAAAGAAGAUUUCUUGAAACUGGAAAGAGAGUUCAACCCAACAUGGGAGGGCACAAUGAUGCCAUUGUAUGAAUUGCAAGACACGACCUCGCGUGCUAUUAGCCUUUUAUCUCAUUUGAACGGUGUCAAAAACUCAGAUGAAUUAAGAGAGACACUUCAGAAAGUCCGGCCUCGAUCUGUCAAGUUGGGUUUGUUAAUGAGCCAGUCGGCUCCUUUGUUCAAAGCCCUUGAUGAACUUGUGAACUCAAACGCUUGGAAUUCGCUCGACAAGGUCCAACAACGCAUUGUCCUCAAGAAAUUGAGAGGCAUGAAACACUCUGGUAUUGGACUUGCCGAUGGUUCACCCGAAAAGGAACGCUUCAAUGCAAUUUCAGAGCGUCUUUCCGAACUCUCUCUGUCGUUCGGAAAUCAUAUUUUGGAUGCCACAAAAGCAUUCAAACAUGUGGUCGAGGAUGUUUCGGAGCUCGAGGGGUGCUCAGAGACUUUCUUGGAGACCUUGAAGCAAAAUGCAAAGAGUCGAGAAGUCGAAGGUUUCUGUAUUACCCUUGAUCACACAGUAUACCUUCCUUUCAUGAAGAAUUGUAAAAACAGACCUCUCCGUGAAAAGAUCUACCGUGCCAGCGUCACAAAAGCAUCCGAUGGAGAUCUCAACAACGAAACCGUCAUCAAUGAGAUCUUGUCUCUCAAGCAUGAAAAAGCCAACUUACUUGGCUACAAGUGUUUUGCCGACCUGUCUUUGACAGUCAAAAUGGCGGAGAAUGUGCCUGCUGCCGAAGAAUUAGUCGACCGUUUGUUUGAUGCCUCGUACGAAAGUGCUCAAAAAGAGCUUGCUGAAAUCACCGAGUUUGCCAACUCCAAACUUAAUCUCCAGGGACCCUUGUCUCCUUGGGAUACAGCUUAUGUUACUGAGCAGUACCGCAAAGAAAAGUACAGAUUUGACGAUGAGACAAUUUCCGAAUACUUUGCAUUCCCAAAUGUGAUCCAGGGUCUAUUUGACGUUGCUGAUCAGGUAUUGGGUGUCCAGGUCCGGGAGUUGACUGAAUCAGAUAUUAAGGACAACAAUAUUACCAAAUGGCAUGAAGACGUCAAGGUGUUUGAGGUGUCUGAAAAGGGCAAUGUUCGCGCUUACUUUUAUGGCGACUUCUACUCUCGUCCUCUCGAAAAGCGUAGCGGUGCAUGGAUGGAUGAAGUUACUACUCGCUACAAACGUGAAAAUGGAGAGGUUACUCUUCCUGUCGCCUACUUGAUCUGUAAUCAGGAUCCUCCUCGCGCAGAGGGAGAACCUUCACUCAUGAAGUUUAGAGAUGUCGAAACGUUGUUCCAUGAAUUUGGACACUGCCUUCAGCAUAUGCUGACAACCGUUGAUUACCCUCAAGCUUCUGGUAUUAAUGGUGUAGAAUGGGAUUUUGUUGAGGUUGCAUCCCAGUUUAUGGAAAACUUUUGCCAAGAGCCAGAGUGGUUGUCCAGAUUGUCUGGUCACUACAAGACGGGCGCCGCAAUGCCUCAAGAAAUGAUAGACACACUAGCAUUGAAUCGUGAGUUUAUGAGUGGAAUGGCUAUGAUGCGACAGUUGCAAUUCGCAAAGGUCGAUUUGAUGCUUCAUUCUCGCUUUGUGCCUCCAAGAAAUGCUAGCGAUCCUACUAUAUUUGACGUGGACGCUCAGGUAUCCAAAAAGGUCAAUCUUGUUCCCAGUAUUCCCGAAGACAGAUUCUUGUGCAGUUUUAGCCAUAUCUUUGCUGGUGGCUAUAGUGCUGGUUACUAUAGUUAUAAGUGGUCCGAGACUUACUCGGCUGAUGCUUAUGCUGCAUUUGAAGAAGUACAAGCUCAAGGAAAGUCAGCCCAGGAAAUUGGCCAACAUUACCGUAACACCGUCCUCGCUUUGGGCGGUGGCACUUCUCCCAGAGAGGUUUGGGAAAAGUUUAGAGGAAGAGACGAAGUGGAUGUAAAUGCUCUUUUACGCCACUCUGGAUUGCCCAAGUAAAAACAAAGAUGAAGAAGACUACGAGCCACAUAAUCUUAAAAAGUUCUAGAAUACACUUUAUAUAUAUAUAUUUAUAAGUGUAUGUAUGUGUCUUAUUAUUACUAUUACUAUUAUUGCUGUUGUUUGUGUGUAGUGUGUUUGUACAAUUUAUCUCUUUCUUUCUUGGAAUCAAUUGAGUUCAUAGCAUUGAUAGCUUGGAAAUACUAGCUCAUCAUCAAGCAUCUUUCGCAAUUGAUCAACGAUAAAUUUUUCAAUUUUGCCCACGUUCUUCAGUACUUGUUUCUCCUUGUCACCUACUAUUGAUUCAAUAUGUACCUCUCUCAAUAGACUGUCUAGACCACCAUUCUUAUUCCUCAGAGGAACUCCGUCCAAUUCGGGUUCAAGCAUUGAAACACACACACGAUCCAUGCUCUUUAUGUAUGCCACCACUGCAGUAGCCUCGAAUGCGAUACUUUUGAUAUGCAAUUGCAUAGGAAGACUCAUAAAUAACAUACUCGGAUAAUUCAUCCUUAGUUCUGUCAGAACAGUCAUGCUCAUGUCGCCUUUGUAGGCUAUCCGGACGUGAGCCUGAAAAUCCAUUUCUGUUGGAUUUGCUUCGUGGGCAUAUUUGUUGGUAGUUGUGUUUGUGGGCGCUUCGCUUGGGGGUCGAGAGUAGGAUUGAAAUGUGGGCUGCUCAUCGUCAAUCCAAUCUUCUUCCUGAUCUGAUCCCGAAAAAGGUGCCGAAACACUGGAUUGUCCAGAGAAUCCACGGCCAAGUUGAGGAGAGCUGAGCAUUCUGUUGACCGGGUUGCUGAACGGAUGCUGAGGGCCUGUGAGUGGAGAGCGGUGGAAUGAGUGCAUCAAGUUGAAUCUUUGCUGCUGAGAGAGGGGAUUGAGGGUUAGAUGAGGUCGAGUGAUUGAGCCGGUGUCGCUUUCAGGUGGAUAGUAUAUUGUUGCGUCACUUUGAGGAGAUUGGAGACCUGGAGGAUGAUUGUGAAGCAUUGUGUCUUUGAGAGUUUCGUCAUGGUCUUCUUCAUAGAAUUCUGGAAAUGGAUCGGUAAUGUUGAUGAUCUCUACGAGUGGGGUUUCUGUGCCCCAUCCAAAAGAUGUGACUUCAAUGUCCCCAAUAAAUGCAGGCUUAUUGAUGCUUUUGAAAUGACGAUUGAGGAACUGCUGUACAUGUACAGCUAGUUCUUCGUCUAAUUUUGACCAUUCAAUGUCAAAUGACAUUUUAUUACUAUUAUUGUGAGAUGUAUUUAAGAAACGUGUAAUAGAAAUAGCGCUUAACGGUUUAUUAUACUAUAUUAUAUUGUCUUUGUUGUCUGUAUAGUGCACUACGCACUGUAUAUUGUUUAUAUUAG